AGCUCAACCUGGCCAACAACACGGUUGACAGAAACCAGAUGACUACAAGUUCCAACAGGGUUCAUACGGAUUGUGUUUCCAACCGGAAGCAUGGGCGUCAUAACCCUCCCUGCGGAAAAAGCUAUUCUCCGCACGGAACUGCCACAUCCCCUGGUGCGUCCCAGGACUCCAAGGCCGAAGAGAAUGGCUCGACACGACCCAAGAGAAAGACCAAGCCCAAUCGCGGUUUUGAUCCAGCUGCUCAAGUAGCCAGAGACGCUUCGGCCGUCGAGCAGCCUCCACCAGCUCCAGAUAGACCUCGUCCUGAUGGUUCAGGGGGCACAUUUCAGCUCAACCUGGCCAACAACACGGUUGACAGAAACCAGAUGACUACAAGUUCCAACAGGGUUCAUACGGAUUGUGUUUCCAACCGGAAGCAUGGGCGUCAUGACCCUCCCUGCGGAAAAAGCUAUUCUCCGCACGGAACUGUCACAUCCCCUGGUGCGUCCCAGGACUCCAAGGCCGAAGAGAAUGGCUCGACACGACCCAAGAGAAAGACCAAGCCCAAUCGCGGUUUUGAUCCAGCUGCUCAAGUAGCCAGAGACGCUUCGGCCGUCGAGCAGCCUCCACCAGCUCCAGGUUCGCACGGCUACUUCUCUACUUCGCAUGCACCCAUUCAGUAAUUAAUUACACACAUCUUGCUUCCCAUAUCCGCUAACAUAUAUACUCCGCGGCAUUUGCCGUUUCAGAUAGACCUCGUCCUGAUGGUUCAGGGGGCACA